AUGUUCUCUUCAAGCCACCUUCUGCAGCAUCGACCAUUCAACAAUAAAAAAUCGACAUCAAGCCACAUUCAGCGGAGAAAACGAUUUUGUGGUUCAGGACCGCCGCCGGAGAAGAUGGAUCUGUGGUUCAACAUUCAGCAUCACUAUCUUCACCCACGACUUCAAAGAUCGCCGGUGGAGAUCGAUCUCUUUCAACCUUCUGCUUCAGGUGAUCAUUGGAAAUAUAGACUAUCCAGGGAUGGUGAUUAUUAUGUGAAUGUGUUGAGGCAUAAGAUUGACAGGUCAUCUGCACAUCUGGGUGUUCAUUGCAUCGAUUGGAUUCACGAAGUUCCAAUAAAAGUACUAUGCUUCGUCUGGCGUGCCUACCUUGGUAGAAUUCCAUAUGCUUGUGCACUACUUUGCAGGGGAAUACAACUCAGUUCUCUGGUUUGUAGCUUCUGCUCCUAUGUGGCGGAAGAUGCAAAUCAUAUAUUGGUGACCUACCCGUUUGCGAAAGAGGUGUGGGUUUGGAUCCUUCGUUGGUGUAACGCGGACAUCCCUCAGGUUAAUACCGUGGCAGAUGUUAUCUCCUCCGUUGGGAGCUAG